AUGUCGAUCAAAGUAGUCGGCCUACUGUUUAUAUUAAUCGCUCAGUCCUUGGGCGAACUCGUGCGUAUAGAUCUUCAGGAUUUGGGCUUACACAUCGCACGCGCUCUUAACUCUCAACAUAAACAAUACAGCAGCAGUCAUAAGAACGAGACACUCUCGGAUUACAAUGAUUAUCUGAACGAGUACUACAGUAAUCAAUGGCAGCAGUUCUAUUUGGCUCAGACGGCUUACAAUCCAUAUUACGGACUUUACGCAGUUUAUGGUCCCUACGAAAGCUACGGACCAUAUGCCGUAUAUGAUCCCUAUAAACACCCUGGACACCAUGGUCAUCAUGGUCACCGCCGACGCCACCGGAAACGCCCACAAACACAGCAGCUCCAAAAACAGUCACAAUCGCUUCUACAAACCCUACUAGGACGUCUAGGGCAAUUUUUGCCAAUUAAAGUGAGAUAUGUUCCUCGAAAGAAAUCCAAACCACAGCGCCGACGACGCAGACCACAAGUUCGACAUCUCCAACCAUAUCCAGUACAAUUACAACAGCCGAUUGAGUUUGCGGCUAAGAAAUAA